AUGGCUAUCUUACAAACCCUCCUCACUGUCGCCUCAGUGGCUUCCCUCGCCACGGGCUACGAGCCCAAGGCGACAUACAAUGCAAGUAAUUUCUUCGACGAUAGCUCCUUCCGUUUCUACAACGGCUGGGACAAGUUCACUCAUGGUCUCGCUUUCUAUGUCUCCAAGGAAGAAGCAACUGAACUUGGACUUGCCCGUAUCGAAGACGGCAAGGUUCGUCUUGGGGUCGACACAAACCAGGUACUCACUCCAAAGGAGCCUGGUGAGGGCUAUGGCCGCAAGAGCAUACGACUGGAGGGAGUGCAGACGUUUGAUAAUGGGCUCUUCAUUGCCGAUUUUCAUCAUUUACCUAGUGGAUGUGGCAUGUGGCCUGCUCUCUGGCUUCUACACGAUAAUGCUGACCAAGAGGACUGGUACUCCGAGUUCGACAUUGUCGAAGGCGUCUCGAAGAAUAGUUGGAACGAGCUCAGCAUCCACACUGCUCAGACGCCAUGUAAGAUGCGGGAUAAUGGCGGUACCGGACAGACGCGCGACGACCUUGAGUGUUCGAGUGGUCACAACUGUGGAGUCAACGGUCCUGACGGCUCCUUCGGCCAGGCCUUCAAUGAUCGCCACGGCGGAGUUUGGGCAGCAGAGGUCAGCAAUGGUGGCAUCAAGGCCUGGUUCUUCGCUAGAGGCAGUGAGCCCUCGGGCUUGGACGGUGAUCAUCCCGAUCCUAGCAGAUGGGGCAAGCCUGUGAUGAACUUUGUUGGGGACGGCUGUGACAUCCAGAAGACGUUCAAGAAGAUGAAGAUCAUUCUCAAUAUUACCUUCUGUGGCAGGAAUGCGGGUGGCGAUACCUGGGCUGGCUACUCAGGUUGCGCAGCAGAAACCCACGACGACUCUUGUAACCACUUCGUUGCAGCUAACCCUGAUAAGCUCAAGGAAGUUUUCUAUCUUAUCAAUUCCGUGAGAGUUUACCAGAACGGCGCCGGCAGUGAUUACCCAAAGAACAGCCUCGCAUCCGAGAUAGCUCAAACAGUCCUCAACUCCACAACGACUGCAAAGCAAGCUGUCAUUCCAGUUGCAACUACUACCAUCACCACUUCGAACAACCUCAUGGCUUUGCCUACAACAGUGAUUCACGGUACUAACUGCGGCUCAUACGACCCGUCGACAUCUGCUACAACCCCAACCACUCUUGCCUCUUUCUACGGCAUGCGUCUUCCAGCGCCGGUUUCCGAGACAGACCCUGAAGUGAUUUUAAUAACAACUAUCGUCACGACAACGAAAAUCAUGACGCUGCGUGCGACUCGGACUGGUGGUGAUAAUUACAGCCCGUACGAGCCUUCCGCCUCGAGAACACUCGCCUCUUCCUACACUGGACAUCUCUCCGCGAUGGCUUCAGAGGCAGCUUCCAUGGCUAUCACAGUCACCACGGUCAUAACGGUAACGAAGGUCAUGUCUUUGCCUGCGACUUUGACUGGCGGCAACAACUACGGUCCUCAUGACCCAUCGACGGCGGCUGUCAAGCCUACUGGCACAACCAUUGGCGGCAUAAACUACGUUCCCUUUGAUCCGUCGGUUACGUCUAUCAAGCUCGUAGGCACAACCACUGGUGGCAUCAAUUAUAGCCCUUACGAUCCAUUGGCAACAUCCGCGCAGCUUGGUGUAUAA